AGAAAACCAGCAAAGUGUUACACGAAGAUCGAGAAACGCAAAAAAAAAAACUACAAGAAUCGAAGCAUCAUAGAAACAAAGAAGAUAAGCUUAGUAGAGGAAAAACCAGAAGAAUUCAAUGGGUUUCACUAUGGGUUUGAAUUUGAUUCUCCUCGUAGUCAUGGUGGCCACCAAUAUUCUCUCCCUUUAUCAUCUCUCUUCCACCGUUCAAUCCCCAAGGCCGCCGCUUCCCGCCCCCGUCCCCGACAACCUCAUACGACAGCUCAAUACGAUACGCGCCACCAUCAACCACCUCACGCGCCAUAGCCCGUCCUCGGCUGCUACCGCUAAGAAACCGGCUUCAGCUGUGCCUCAAGAUCUUAUCCUCCACUCACAGAUUGGUUCCAUUGUUUCUUCCUGCCAUAACCACCCUGACCUUCUUCAUAAGUACAUGAAUUACACUCCUUUUUCGACUUGCCCUUUCGAUCCCGACCUCCAGGAAACGCUUAUUCUCAACGGCUGCCACCCGCUCCCACGGCGACGGUGCUUUUCGAAAACCCCGUCGAAACAGCCUUCUUCUCUGCCUUUAACCCCUUUCCCGACAUCCCUCCCUGAUUCAGGCGUCAUUUGGAACAAAUACUCGUGUAAAUCUUUUACUUGUCUCUUGCAAAAUAAUCCCACGGGCUUCGAUCUCAACGCUCAACGCUCGUCGUUGCUUAAAUACACUUGCGAGCUCGAUCUUCCCAUUUCCCAGUUCAUGCAAUUAGCUAAAUCAGCUAACUCGGCGAUCCGUCUCGGCAUAGACAUAGGCGGUGGCACCGGAACAUUCGCCGCUGUAAUGAAGAAAUCCUACAACGUCACCAUGCUGACCACCACCAUGAACGUCAAUGCUCCUUACAACGAGGCCGUGGCUUUACGAGGGUUGGUGCCUUUACACGUGCCGUUGCAGCAGCGGUUCCCGGUCUUCGAUGGGACGAUGGAUCUGGUCCGGUGUGGGAGGGCGGUGAACCGGUGGAUACCGGUUCCGGUGUUGGAGUUCAUGUUGUAUGAUGUGGAUAGAGUGUUGCGAGCCGGUGGGUAUUUGUGGGUGGACCGGUUCUUUAGUAAAGCGGUGGAUCUGGAAAAAGUUUAUGGGCCGUUGAUAGGGAAACUUGGGUAUAAGAAAGUGAAGUGGGCAGUGGCUAACAAGACAGAUCCUAGUGGUUUGAAGCAUGGGGAAGUUUACUUGACUGGUUUGUUGCAAAAACCGACAUCAAAGACAUAGUUGGGAAUGGAAGAUUCAUCGAUUUUUUAGAUAUUUGAUGUCGGCUCACGAUUUGCUUUGAUGCAAAAACAUGCCCACCGGCCACCGAUUGUCGAAAAGGUUAACAUCGGUACUCGAAAAGGCCGGAACAAACUCUUUAUUAAAAGGACAGGAGGCUACUGUAAAAUCACAAGGUUAUCUCAUGGAUUAAUACCAUGUUUUCUUCGCUUUCUAUUUUUGCUGGUCUGUGU